AGGGCAAUAGAACACACAGCACAAGGGGUGGAGGAGAGCAGGAAGAACUUUGUCUGUGGGGUUGCUCUUCUCAUUGCCUUCAGUUGACCUCAAGGCUUUGUGGAACUGGACUAUGGGACACGGUUAGCUACAGUAUAUGGCCUCUGGCUGAAGCUCUAAGGACUUUAUGGGUGUUUGAGGCUCAGGCCUACUGUGGAUGUCUGGGUACUGAGCCCCUGAGUCAUUGUCUAUGAAUACACUGGCUGUCUGUACUGUAGUGAGUGUGUCCAAGACAGCUAACCUCAAGGAGGAAGAUGUGGGAGAUGCGCACAGACACAAACAUAUGUUCUACAGAACAUGAAUGAAAAAGGACACUUUUUGAUGCUUCUGAGUGUGAAGUAACACACAGGUUACACUACAGAGACUUCUGGACUUACUCUCUCUCUCUCUCUCUCUCUCUCUCUUUCUCACACACUCACACACACACACACACACACACACACACACACACACACACACACACACACACACACACACACACACACACACACACACACACCCUAACACACACCCCUGAGACAUGGAUACUAUGGUGAAGCAGUCUCUGGCGGUGCCCAUGAGGAAGCUGUCCAGCUGUGUGACAGGAGUGAAGGAGAGAGAGGUGUGGGCCAGGCGCAGGGCCAAGAGGGGGACAGGAGGAGUAAAGAGCAGCCCUCCACAGACGGGACAGACCUCCGUCACACGCUCCUACCAAACUGACCUGGAGAAGGAGAGGAUGCUGAGGGAAGCCCUGAAUGCUCAGAAGCACGCAGAGAGAGCCGCCAUGAGGGAUCACUUCAGGAAGAAGUACCAGCUCUCCAAGAGUUCCAAGGACACCAGCCACCUGAGUGCGGCGCAGGGGAAAGUGGCACUCCCCCGUCAACUGGCUAAACUGAUUGGUCCUGAGAUCCCGGCCAAGGACGAUGGCUACAGCCUGCUGAGCACCUUCCAAGGCCUCAACUUCAACAUGGGGAUGCUUGGAGGCAAGCAGACCAAGUCGUCCACUCCAAUGUCAGUCAACGGAGAGGCCUGCAAAGUCAUGUGAUCAAAGAGAACAUACUAGAUACUACACAGAAUCAACCUGCAACAUGCUAAAAACAUGCAUUAUGCCUAAAUGAUGAAGAAUAACAUUUUAACACAACGUUGUAGCAGAUUGGAGGAAACACAUUGGCAGACGACUUUGUCACAGUUGCUUCUCUAUCCCUUUAUCUCCUUAUCUGUUUUUAACUCUCUCUCUCUCUCUCUCUCUCUCUCUCUCUCUCUCACCCACUCCCCCCCUAUCUCUCUCUCUC